AAAGACUCCCAAACAGGCGCCGGAGAGCUUCCAUAAGGGCUCCAACGCGGUUUGACUUCAUAUUAGUGGGAUAUAAUGUAAAUUCUGAAUGCUAGGGUUAGUAAAGAAAAAAAUUCCCCUGAAUAUCUGUUUCCGAUUAUGGCUUUUCAGCCGAAGAAACUCAUCAACGACCCUAAAACGGUUCGCCAUUUUCUUCCUCAUUUCUCUCUAUUUCAUCUUCAGCCUUGAUUUUCCUGUAUCGUAUUAAUUUUAAUUUUAUAAUCUGCUAUCAUGGAGAUUUCUGAGUGUUUUUAUUCCUCUGUUUUCGAUUUUAGCUUCUAAUUUGGGUUUAGAUUUGAACUUUCGACAUUAUUGAAGCAUAAUGUGAGGAUUUGGUUAUUGCUUACUCUAAGUUAGAGAAUUUUGUAUUCAGAAAUGAUUUCAAUAAGUUCACUUUCUAGUAUUGGUGACUAUGACUAGGCUUAAGUAUAUUGGAAUGAAACUUGAAUUCUGUUUUUUGAGUUGAUGUAGAUGGGAUAUUUAUAGUAUUUGAUUGCUGAAUUAAGAUAGAAAUCUGAAAGAAACAUUUAUGCAUGAUCAUGCUGCUUUAAUUCUCUUAGAAAGUGAAAUAUUUACUUGGGUUUUUUUCUAAAACAGAUACAACAUAUUUUGUAAGGCAGCAUAUGCACAGUUGAUAGCAAACUCUGGUUCAAAUGUCACAUCAAAACAUUAUGAGACUUAUCUCCUCAUCUGAUUUUCUUUUAAGCAUGAAACGAUUUAUUGAAUGCAUUCCUUGUUUUUAGGGGCUGAGGCACUUGAUGCUGCUGUUUCUGCAGUCGGCAAAUAUGGCUGUGCUAAUGCUGGUUAUGUAAAUUAUUAGAUGCCCUUAUUCCAGCAUCAGCAGUUCUGAAGGAGGUUAUCAACAAUGAUCAUUUAUCUUUGUUCUUUUUAUUUCAGGUACUGAUAUCAUAUCCUGCAAGCAGAGGAUAAGUGCUGGUGAUGAUCCAUUCACAGCUUUUGUUCUUUCAUCUGAAGCAGCAUUGAAAGGAGCUGAAUCAACUAAAAGCAUGCUGGCACAGAACAUAGCUCAUGCAGACUGGGUGAUCAACCUAUGUCUCUGCAGAAAUCCUUGCAUCUGUUCCAGACCCAGGUGCAAUGGCUGCAGCUGCAUGGUACCGAACAGCAGCCUUUGGUGUGACCCGUGCAGGAUAAAUACCAGGUUCUACGAGCUACCUUUUCCUACGGUGCAUCCUCCUUUCUAAGAUGCAAAUCUUCAAGCACUCUUUGUGAUUUUUAAUACUACAAACUGAUUAGGCUUUCCGCUUAUGCAUUUAUUAUAUAUAUUCUUUGUACCCUUUUAGGAGAAUGUCAAUUCAGUUAGCAGAAUAACAAUCAUCAAUAUAUCUUGCCUGUAAUUUCUUCAGCUCGAAUAUCAGUUCUUGAUUGACAAUGUCUAACAGGAAAGAUGCCAUAUCUCGAUACAUUUGAUCACAUGAAUCUUUUUCAUCCAGUCUUGGAUUAUGAGAACCAUUCUUCUUUGGUGAAGCUGAAGGCUCAAAUGGAAUAUAACUGUUGAAGUGAACUGUUCUUGUCGAUUUUGCAUCUGAAAAGAAUCAAAUAUGUAUUUGUUAUUGACUCGUGUUAAAAGUUUUUCUUUCUCAAGUUUUGACUUUUUUGUGUGGAAUAUUAGAAUGAUGAAAAGAAGAGAUAGAAGUUGUAAGAAUCAAAAGAAAAAGAAGACAUAAGA